GGCAAGAUGGGACAACGGACUCUGAACUUGUGGUUGACCAUACAUUCAAUAGCGUCUCUAAUCAACCGCUACCUCAUGACUCCCUUUAGGAGGGCAAGAUAGGCGUACUCCGCACGCGGUUUUACCGGUGUUUGGCGCACCUACUCGGGUUCGAGCGAAAGUGUAUCCUCCCCCCUAGGAGAUCAGAAGAGGUCGGCGUUGGACACGGAGUCACAUUUUAUGUUCAACAUGCUCGCUCGGAAUCAACUGCCAACUCACGAUUCCUUCCGACAAAGCGCGUGCAGGUCGGCGUCGCAUGGCCUGAUACAUGUUUCACUCGUGUCAAUUAGAUCUGGCUGUCCGUGCAAAGGAGGAGUACGAGGACAAGGAGGGAGGGAGGAGGAGGAGGAGGAGGAGGUGUCGCGUGGUGGCCACACGUGGCCGCCCCGCGCGCCCCGCCGGGCGCCACGCGGCCCCGCCCGGUGCCCGCCCGCCCGCGGCCGCCCCGCGGGCUGCUCUGUGCGCGCGCGGGGCGCGCCGCGGCCGGAGCUCGCGCCGCACCGCCUGCCCCACGCGCCAAAGCAGGGCCUGCAUCACAUACGCGCGCGCACUUACACGAAGGUCUCCGGGGCCCUAGUACUGACUGGGUCCCCUCACCUGGGGUCCUGGCCACACCCGGGCCAUCACCCGGGGAGGUCCAGCUGCCGCCCGGAGGUGGCAUGCGCGGUGGCGGUGCCGCCCCUCUUGCCUCCGACGCCGCAGCUGCCCUGCCCCCUCCCGAGAGACGGGUGCUAGAGCGCGGCCUUUUGGCAAAAGGCAGGGUCGGGGCGGCGACGGCGCACCACCGCCAGUGCUGCGGCCUCUGCAGGCAGCAGCCGCCGCACGGCGCCGGCCACGCUGCUACAGCGCGCGGGCAAGCGCCUUGGAGAGGGACAGGGUGUGGGAACAGCUCUGGUCAGGGGUCGUGGCCACGGUGUCCGUAUCGCCACCGAGGAGGCCGCCCACCGGGUGUUUAGCAUUGCCAAGCUUUCUGGCGUAGACGUUGAGGUAAUCGAGGCCCUGGCGAGUUCUACCGCUCACAACCUUCAGGUCGAUCCUGCCGAAUCGCGUCCAUGUCAUUCUGCGGGGUUUGUCGUCCGACUUCGCAAAGAAAAUCAGCCCAUCACUCUGGUUCACCCAGGUUCCCGUUAUCCUGACAGUCUGGAAGUACACGUCAGAGCACGCACCGCCCAUGCGUCUGGCGUCGGCCUCCAGAUGUAGCAACGUACCCUGUGGACCAACCCAUCGCGGGAUCUGCAGCAGGAUGAUCACGCCCGUCCCGUAGACGUCAAAGCGCUCUCCGUACAUGUUGGUGAGGUGGGGGUCGCCCACGCCCGAGACUGGGAGAAUGUUUGGUGCCUGGGUGGAUGCCGGCGUCGGUGCUUGAGUCGGUCCCGGCGUCUGCGCAAGCGUCGGACCGGGGUGGAUACAAGAACGGUCGGGGUAGCCAUUACCACGGCCGUCAGCAUUGGUGCCGUGACGAUCACUGGUUCGACGCUCCAAUCGGCCGAAGCCAUGGCACUGUCAGUCUCUGCCUUGACGACGGCAGAAGCUUCAAGAAUCGUGGUAGAGAGGGCGGUGGCAGUGCUGAUGUCAGCGACAUCCACCUCGAAACUGGUCUUGACAAGGACUGUACCGUCGGAGCCGCUGAUGUCGGCGAUCUCCCCUUCGAAACCAGACGUCUGGCCGGCGGCAGCGUGGAGCCGACGGACACCCAGAGUGAAACCGGUGAUGGCGAUGUCGGAAGCGGGCACAGAUAGAGCGGCAACCAAGCCGUUCUUCUUGGCUGUCGUGUAGGCAAUGGAUGACAUGAGGUCAGACGCAGUCACGUCUACGGGAAGCACUUCGUCCGAGGAGUACUCAGCGACAACCUCAGACUGAGAAUUGGGAGCGCAUGUCGAAGAACAACUGAACUAUCACACUGUGUUACGGAUAAUAGCAACAUUAAACAACAAUACGAAACUUGCGCAGUCUAUUGCACUGCCACCCGUCAAUCACUGCCAAGCAGAAGACUGUGACUCCUUACCACGGCACGCUGGGGCGUGCUGAAAUGCCUGAUGGCAAUAUGGUAGGGAUUCUGCAACUGUCUUGGGUCGGCGGUGGACAAGCAUCCCUUUAGUAAACCACCCUUUAGCGAAAACGGCCUGGUACCGAAACCAGCGGACCUGGACCCGCAAAAAUGACGGCCGCGACGCCCUCUUGCGAGCCGACAACGGCCAAUUCCUUAAUCGACGUGUCAGGGUAGGGGGUCUGUCCACCCCCGAUUGGGGCGGCCCACAUGAUCUCCCGCUCCCGUGUGAAUUUGCCAGCCCUGCGGGUUGCUUCCUCGGAGCCCGUGUCGGUCCCACGCCGGUCCCGAGGAGGCCCGGGGCCGCCCCGGGAUGGCCGCAUGAUGCCCCACGGCUCGCGCAGGACGGUCGAAGCGCUGCCAAAAUGCCGCAAGAGGGCCCCAUAUAGCACGCCCCGAGAAGCCCCGGAGAUCCGAGCGGACAGCCCUGCCGCAAGGCUCUGGGAGGCCGACCAUGUUGCGAUGCCGCUCUGUGCCCGUUGCUUCCCAUGCCUCUUGCCUUGGAUGGCGUCCCAGGCCCCAAAGAGGCGAAGACGCCCGGCCCGAAAACAUUUCGGGACGCCGGGAUCUCACAGAGGAGGGGGGAGCGAAGGUCGCCGUGGGCGGCCAGAAGCCCCAGAGCAGCCCCAGGAAACCAGCGACGCCUCCCCGAGAGGCAGCGCGACAGACACCCCGCGCCGCGGCAACUCGGAACGAUGCCACCCAGGCUAGCCUGAGAGUGUCUCUGCCGAGCGUGCCCAAAGAGCUCGGCGGAACCGUCAUGCACUCAUCUCGAUGGGAGGGGGCAAAAUCGGGGAGACGUAAAACUCGGGUAC